GCAAAGCAAAUUUGUUAACUAUUGUUGUUCGGUAUGAUGAUUUCUGGGGCCCCUUAUUUCUCUUUCCCUCUCAUUUCCAUUUCCAAUAAAUCCCCAUACCCUAAACUUAUUCCUGCUGGCAUUAAUUAUGUUAUUUGUUGCUCAACUUCAACUCCUGGAUUACCAGUUACAACAGAAAGACUUAGGAAUGAUACUCCUUUGACUGGUGGAGCAUUUGAUUUUGAAAAAGCUACUACUUCUCUAACUAAAAAAGUGCUAGAUUCACCCAAGAAAGUUACUAUUGUACGCCAUGGUCUCAGCUCUUGGAAUGAAGAAAGUAGAGUUCAGGGAAGCUCAAACUUAUCUAUACUUUCUGAAAAAGGAACAAUGCAAGCAGAAAGAUGCAAGAUGGCCUUGUCUGAUAUGCACUUUGACCAAUGUUUCUCUAGUCCGAUAUCACGCGCCAAGACGACCGCUGAAAUCAUAUGGAAAGGAAAGGAAGAGCCUCUGGUUUUUCUUGAUUCCCUGAAGGAGGCCCAUCUAUUUUUUCUUGAAGGCAUGAAAAAUGAGGAUGCUAAGCGCAUAUAUCCAAAGGAGUAUACAACUUGGAGAAAAGAUCCAUCUAAUUUUUGUGUAGAUGGUGUAUAUCCUCUUCAAAAACUGUGGGGAAGAGCACAUGAAGCAUGGGAAGAAAUUUUAUUGACACCGGGAGAGCACUUUUUGGUUGUGACACACAAAUCUAUUUUACGAGCAUUGAUCUGCACAGCUCUUGGACUAGGACCAGAACGGUUUCGUUCAGUGGAUAUACAUAAUGGAGGAUUGUGUGUAUUCAAAUUCAACAAAGAAGGAGAAGCCAUGCUUCAAUCCCUGAACAUGACAGCACAUAUGUAUACUGAUCAUGUCUACCACUAUUAAAAUCGACAGGUACAAUGACUGGACAGCAAUUGUGUACUCUGCCAUUGAAACGACAUAGAACCACAUAAACCAGAACUGUGUCUGUGUAGUAUACGAAUCGUUGAACUCUCGAAAAUAAUUUUUUAGUUAGAACAGAAUCAUAGGUUAAGAACACCAAGAAGUUGUAGCAUGUUCUUGUGAUUAAACAACUAUGAAAUUGAUUGGAAAUGCAGAGUUCAUCAGUUCUUCCUGAAUGAAAUUUAGGUUGUUCUGU